UGUCGCGAGGGGCGCGGGGAUCGAUGCAGGGCGGGCAGUCGCGUGCGAGCCUGCUUCACGUGCUGCAACUGAGUUCCUGACGUGGUCACCGGAGGCACAGACGUCCAGAAUGACACAGCUCAGGUUAGAGAAGUGAAACUGCGCAGAUGAUUUCAAACCUCUCCGCGCCUGGCGUGACUACGUGCUGGCAGACUCGCUCGUGUGUGCGCGCGAGGUGGUGAUCGAUAGGCCCCCAUGGAGCUGGAGGCGGCCGCCGCCGCGGGGGCGGGCCCGGAGGCGGCUGGCGGCGAGAGGGCGGCCUGGAGCAACAAACUGCAGUUCUUCCUCAGCAUCAUCGGCUACUCCGUGGGGCUGGGCAACAUCUGGAGGUUCCCCUACCUCUGCCAGCAGAACGGCGGUGGCGCGUUCCUGAUCCCCUUCGCGGUGAUGCUGGUGCUGGAGGGCGUGCCGCUGUUCCUGAUCGAGCUGGGCAUCGGGCAGCGCCUGCGCCUGAGCUCGCUCGGCGUGUGGAGCGCCGUGCACCCCUGGCUGGGAGGCAUCGGGGUCACCAGCUGCAUCGUCACCCUCUUCGUGGCGCUCUACUACAACGUCAUCAUCGCCUGGUGCUUCUUCUACCUCUUCCAGUCCUUCCAGAGCCCGCUGCCCUGGGCCAGCUGUCCCCGGGCCAACGGCAGCGAGGUGGCCGAGUGCGCGCGCUCCUCCGAGACGGCCUACUUCUGGUACCGCGUCACGCUGGACGCGUCGCCCUCCAUGGACCACAGCGGCGGCCUCAAGUGGUGGGUCGUGGCGCUGCUGCUGCUGGCCUGGGUCGUCGUCUACCUCAUCGUCAUGAAGGGCAUCCAGUCGUCGGGCAAGGUGGUGUACAUCACGUCGUUGUUUCCUUACGUCGUGCUCACCAUAUUCUUCAUCAGGGGCAUGACGCUGAAAGGCGCCGGUGCAGGCUUGACACACAUGUACACGCCCAAGGUUGAGAAACUCCUUAAUCCGCAAGUGUGGCUGGACGCGGCGACCCAAGUGUUUUACUCGUUUGGGCUAGCGUUCGGGUCCCUGAUCGCUUUCGGCAGCUAUAACCCGCCGACAAACAACUGCGUGAGGGACGUGCUUCUCGUCUCCGUCACGAAUGCCUUCACGGCCAUUUACGCCAGUGUCGUGGUCUUUUCUAUUUUGGGCUUCAAAGCGACGACGAUUUUCGACAAGUGCGUUCUCAGUAACAAGAAACUUCUCGUUGAACAUGGUUACAUCCAUGAUAUGAAUAUAAGUUCCGGAGAAUAUGACAGCAUUGUUGCCAACACAACCGCGCUGGACGAUGUGUUGAAGUACUCCCUGCAAAACUGCAGCUUGACCCAGCAGCUAGAUCAGGCGGCAGAGGGCACGGGGCUCGCCUUCAUCGUGUUCACGCAGGCCAUCGUGGAGCUGCCCGGGUCGCCCUUCUGGGCCGUCAUCUUCUUCCUGAUGCUGCUGUCCCUGGGGCUGGGCUCGCAGAUCGGCAUCAUCGAGGGCCUGCUGUGCACCUUGUUCGACGCGCGCCUGCUCAAGGCGGUUCCCAAGCCGCUGCUCACAGGCGCGGUGUGCCUAGCCUGCUUCCUGGCGGGGCUGGUAUUCUGCAGCGGCGCCGGCGAGUACUGGCUCACGCUGUUCGACUCGUUCGCCGGCACCAUCGGCCUGGCGCUGGUGGCCUUCCUGGAGACCGUGGCCGUCAUGUACGUGUACGGCCACCGCAGAUUCACGCAGGACAUUGAGGACAUGACGGGCUACCGGCCGGGACUGUACUGGCAGGUGAUGUGGAGGCUGCUGGGGCCCCUGGUCAUGUUCGUGAUCCUGGCCUCGUCCGUCUUCUACAUGCUCACCAACAAGCCCGCCUACAAGGCCUGGGACAAGGACAAGGGGGAGGCGGUGUGGACGCCCUACCCGGACUGGGUGAUGGCCAUUGCUGUCGCCAUGGUGACUGCGGGCGUGCUGCCCAUCCUGGUGGUGUUCCUGCUGCGCCGCUUCCAGUGCCUCUCGCUCGACGUGAACAUCCACCAGGGCUCCAUCAGGCGCAUCGACACCACCGUCUCCACCAAGCAGAUGAUGGCGGAUGUCGACGUGAGUACACGGUCCACCACAGUCCUCGCGCCCCUUCGCUGA